AGGGGGCUAAGCGCCACUAGGCCUGCUCGGAGCCUGCGGUCCCUGCACAUGCUUGGGCUCUUGGGAAUUGUAGUACGAGCACCGUCAAGGCUGGAACCAUGGCGGUGACCAAGGAACUAUUACAUAUGGACUUGUACGCAUUGCUGGGCAUUGAGGAGAAGGCGGCAAACAAAGAGGUGAAGAAGGCAUACAGGCAGAAGGCCCUAUCCUGUCACCCAGACAAAAAUCCUGAUAAUCCCAGAGCAGCUGAACUCUUCCACCAGCUCUCUCAGGCCUUGGAAGUACUGACUGAUGCUGCAGCCAGGGCUGCAUAUGACAAGGUCAGAAAAGCCAAGAAGCAGGCAGCAGAGAGGACCCAGAAACUCGAUGAGAAAAGGAAGAAAGUGAAGCUUGACCUGGAGGCUCGGGAGCAGCAGGCCCAGGCCCGGGGGAGUGAGGAGGAGGAAGAGAGCCAGAACACCAGGACGCUAGAACAAGAGAUUGCACGCCUACGAGAAGAGGGUUCCCGACAGCUGGAAGAGCAACAAAAGCUGAUCCAGGAGCAGAUACGUCAGGACCGUGAGCAGAGGUUGAGAGGAAAGGUAGAAAGUACUGAAUGCAGAGGAACUCCCAAACUAAAGCUAAAAUGGAAGUGCAAGAAGGAGGAUGAGUCCCAGGGUGGCUACUCCAAAGAUGUCCUCCUGCAUCUCUUGCAAAAGUAUGGUGAAGUUCUCAACCUGGUGCUUUCAAGUAAGAAAGUAGGCACUGCCAUAGUGGAGUUUGCAACUGUCAAGGCUGCGGAGCUGGCUGUCCAGAAUGAAGUGGGCCUGGUGGAUAACCCUCUGAAGAUUUCCUGGUUGGAGGGACAACCCCAGGGCAUGGUGGACCCCAGUCCUCCAGGACUAUCAAAGGGCUCAGUGCUGUCGGAGAGGGACUACGAGAGCCUUGUCAUGAUGCGCCUUCGCCAGGCAGCUGAGCGCCAACAGCUGAUUGCCCAGAUGCAGCAGGAGGAAGAGGGGCAGCCCACAUAGCCCCCAGCUCCAAACUUCCCACCCCACAGCCCUUUCCAUGUUACAUGCACCAAUAAACUACAUUUUUUUUUAA